AUGAUUGUACCAUAUCGCAUAGCCCUAAGACUCAAGAAAGUGUAUUCUACAGGAUUCUGAGAAAAUGUAGGAGCUGCCUUCUGAGUGGUUCUGACUCUGAAGCAAUGCUGGGUUCAGGCUGUGCUGUUUGGACUGUUCCUCCUCUUCCUGCUCCUCUCUGGCUCAUUCUUGGCCUCUCAAAUGGGUCUUGUUGUGGUCCUCCUGGCUGGCCACUAUGCUGUCCUCUACGUCUUUGAUCACUGGGACCUGAAGGACAUUUGGGCCUGAUACAUACUCCCAGAUCAGGUUAGUUGCUUCUGGGUAGCACAGUCUGAAGGCUCCAUUGUGGGGACUGUGGACCUAUUGCCAUGUGUGGAAAAGCCUGGAGCCUGGGAGCUAAAGCGUAUCUCUGUGUUCCGGGGACAAGGCCUCGCUAAGGCGCUGUGUCAGAUUGCUCUGAGGUUUGGCAGGGUGGUGCUCUUCGUCUCACUGGUGCAAUCAGAUGUUCAUAAACUCUGCCACAGCCUGAGAUUCUACAUAGAGAAGUUUGUGUGGCCAUCACUUCCUGCCAGAGUGAUGAACUUUUUGUGGUUAGAAUACUCGUACACAGUAAAGUAUGAUAAGGCUGUAACCUGAUUGUUUCUCCAAGCAUGUUUUCUCAUAACUAUCAGACACUUUUUAACUAUAUCUGUCCAAAUGUUUACAGACACCAUCUCCUAUCCCAUACUUUCCUCUAAAAUCAUGAGAGCUAUUUAGGCAUAGUUGACCUCCCCUUGCAGCAGUAACAGCUACUUUCAGUGUAUCCAAUAUUGUAAUAAAACAAAUAAUAUUAUUAUAACUUGAUAAUAUUAAUAAUAUUUUAACUUGAUUUUUAAUAAAUGUAACAAUGCUUGGUUCACUCAUUUAUAUUAAAUGUAAUUUAUAUUCCAAUAACCAUUUGGAGAACACAUUUACAAAAAACAGCCAUCAUGAAGCCUUUGGGUGUAUUUGCAUAUCUCUGUUAGAGGGCGGAACCUAGUGAGCUGAUGCGUUUUUAACUCUCACCCGGUGUCUGUUAGAAGCUCUCUUCAGUGGAAGUCCAAGUUCUUAGCAUUGGAUCUACAGAAAUUCUAAUUAUUCUCCUGCAGGUAAAGUAUUAUUCAUUUAUUUGCUUACUGAGUGCACUAGAAUAUAAAAUUGAUGUGUAAAGGUUAAAGAUGUGUAAGCUACUGUUAAUGCUAACUUUGAGGAAUUGCUGAGGUAUAGAAUGAUAACUGUAUAUAUUAAUGUUAUUUGCGUGUGUCUACCUACCAACCUACCUAUACCUACCUGUCUAAUACAAAUGAUAACUUAGAAUAAAAUAUUUCUCAUUGACUUUUA